AUGAAGGCCUACGCACUUCUCAUCCUCCUCGUGUCUCUGGCCGUGGCCGAGAUUACCGGGGCCCCCUCUUCCAACGAUCCUGGUGAUGUUGGAAACACUGCCGAGUCCCAUUCUGAACUUGUCAAGCGUACUGGCAACGGUCAGCUCUGCGCUAACCAGGGAGACUGUGACAAAGGCUACUUUUGUCUCAUGUUCUCGUGCAUCGUUGACGACCCUGCACUCUUCCCUGAUGUCCUAUGUCGUUCCAACUACCACUGCCGUGACAAAGGUCCCGACUAUGUCUGCUUAAACGGCCUAUGUGCACCUCCUAAACCUGGUCCUGUUGAUGAGCCAUCAUGCAACUUCGACAGUGACUGCGAUGGCAACGCUAAAUGUGAAGGACACCUCUGCAUCAAUCACGACCUUACUAUGGAGGCUCCAGAUAUCAGUGACCCAGCCUGCAAGAGCGACUCUGACUGUGAUGGAGGUCGAUGCCUGAACGGGAUAUGCCUGGCACCCUCCCGCACCAAGCUGCGGUUCGCUCGUCGCUCUCCUCAACUGAUCUGCCACAAUGACCAGGAGUGUACUGGCAUCAACGGUGCUCCGGGCUGA